UUAUUUUACUUUUAUAUUUACAGGUGGCGACCAUGAUGUCGUGUCCCCUUCCUAUGUCAUUAUCCAUAAUUCCAAAGAUACACAGUGAUUUCUCGCCAGUACAUAUUGGAGUUAAGCGUGGUAGUGACGAACUUUUAAGUCAAGCAGCAGUUAUGGCGCCCGCUUCGGACAAUAAUAAUCAGGAUUUAGCCACAAAGAAAGCCAAAUUGGAGCCAAGCACUGUACUUGGUGGAGUUGGUAAACCCUCAAAAGUAAUACAUUUGCGCAACAUUCCCAAUGAAUCGAGUGAUGCCGAUGUCAUUGCCUUGGGUGUACCAUUCGGUCGCGUUACAAAUGUCCUGGUGCUAAAGGGUAAAAAUCAAGCUUUCUUAGAAAUGGCCGAUGAGGUAUCGGCCACCUCAAUGGUAUCGUGCUAUAAUGUUAAUCCACCACAAAUGCGCGGACGCAUGGUCUAUGUACAAUUUUCAAAUCAUCGCGAAUUGAAGACAGAUCAAAAUCCAACGGUAA